UGGAAAUUAAAUAAUUUGAAAUUUAUUCGCGUUGCAAAUAUUGUAGAUGAACUUUGUUGUUUUUUGGAUGUGGAUAUAGAUUAUUUUGAUGAUAUGCUAAAAGAAAAGUAUCAAGAUUUCGUACGAGUAAUCGAAUGUGAUAUGGAGGAAACAAUAAAUUUAAUUAACGCAAAUGAUGAACUGGAACGUUACCUUAAUUAUCAGCAAUUUUUUGAUGAAGACUUUGAUCUUUAUAAAUGGUGGCAAAGUUCAAAAACUACAUUUCCGGGGUUAGCUAAUCUUGCAAGUGAAGAUUUGCUUUUGGUUUCAAAUAAUGGAGUUCAGUUAGAUAAUCUUGAUAAAUUUGAAAAUGUUUAUGAAAAUGAUGACAUGGUAGACAAGUUUAUUUUUUUACAUUUUAAUAUGAAAUAUCUUGAUCUUUGA